GCCAGAAUCUUUGACAAGAAGAAGAACAAGCCGGAGCUAUCGGUGAAACAUAUCCAAGAAAAUCGCCGAGAAAUUUCGCUCAUCGUCCAGUAAACAUAAAGAUGUCUGCUCUACCAGCAAAGAUUGUCCUCAAGAGCACAACGUCCAAGACACUCAAUGACCGCUUCACGGAAUUAUCAAGACAGUUAAAGUCACCCCCUCAAGUAACACUCAGCGGCCUGCGGAUGGGUCAAAUGCAACAGUUCCAUGCAAGUGCAAAGAAUCGCAGACUAGCAGCUCAAAUGGCCAACAGACCAGGUGUCCAAGCAGCACUUGGACAGCCACAACGUGACACAAGUGUGCAAAACAGACUAGGRAACCAGAAUAGACUAUCAGUUCAAGGAAGACUUGGUCGAAAUAAGAUGACAGGACUACGAACAGCUAAUCGUGGUGGUAGACAGCAAACUAAGAUAGCUCCUGGAAGAAUUGGAGUAAAGCGUGGUGGAUUUGUCUCAAAGCGUGGUGGUCUCUCAUCUGCUGGACGAGGUAGAGGUACCCAAAAUCGACUUGGUAGAGGUGCUGGAAGAGGAAUGCAGGUUGGCCGUGGAGGUGGAAAGAUACGUGGUGGACGUGGGCGAGGCAGAGGUGGUUCUAGAGGUAGAGGAAGAGGUGGCCAAAACAACCCAGCAAAGUCAAAGGAUGAUCUUGAUAAAGAACUUGAUGAUUAUAUGACCCACACCAAGAGUCACUUGGAUGCCGAGCUUGAUCAAUAUAUGCAAGGAGCUGGCAAUGAUGAGUAAAGUGGAUGAUUUCAAUUUGUAGAUAACUUCAACAAUCACCUGUGAACAUUCACGUACUAUUGAGAACAGUAUUUAUGCAAAAAGUGUUGGCUCAAACUUCAUGUGAACAUUGUUUGAUGGACAAAGUGCUAUUCACAAAGAACAUUAUCAACACUUACAGAUGUAGGAACAUUUUUCAUUGUAAAGRAUAUUUGGUUUCUUUGGCGACUGGUUAAUUUUAUGCUGUAAUUUUAUUGUGUUUUUAUCGUAAUCUGGCCAURAACAAAUGUAAUAUUUUAAUUCCAGUCAAUGUAGAAUAUUUUAUCCUGUAUAUUUACUAAAAAUGUUACAGUUGAU